AUGAAUAAUCUCCCACAGAGUAAACGCCUUAAGUCUGAAAAUGUCAUUCUUGUAAGUAUGAUGCCUGGGCCAAAGGAAGUAAGCACUGACAGCAUGAAUCAUUACUUGAAGCUGCUUGCUGACGAAUUGUUGGAGAUGUAUUUGCCAUUGGGUGAGAUACACAAAGACAAUGCAUUUGGAACACACUUCUGCUUUACAGCUAUAGAUCCAAUGCAUAACCUUUAUCUUGGAACUGCAAAGCAAAUGAUUCAGAUCUGGUGCAAGCGUAACUACAUCAAUGAAAAGAAUCAGUUCACUAUGCAAGAGCUUGCCAAUGGUAUUGUUGUAUCUUGUGAAUAUGCGCAUAUAACAAAGAAGAUUGUCAAUGGUUUUUCAUUUAUGAAAGCUGACGAGUGGAAGUCGUGGUGCAUCAUAUACUCUCCAUUUGUUUUGAAGCAUGUACUCCCUGCCAAGAAUCUGGAAAACUGGAUUUUAUUUGUUGAUGCAUGCCGCUUACUCACAAAACCUUCAAUCACUGAUAAAGAAAUAGAUGAAGCCACAACACUGUACAGAAAAUCGGCCAUGACAUCAAAUAUGCAUCUACAUCUUCAUCUUAGCAAGUGUGUUCAUGACUUUGGACUAAUUUAUGCUUUCUGGUUAUUCAGUUUUGAGAGAUACAAUGGUUUGUUGAAGAAUAUGGAAACAAAUCAAAAAGGCGGCUCUGAAUCAAUAAUGAUGAAGAAAUUUCUGGAAAGAACAUACAUUGGCAGCUUUAUACAAUCUUUUGUCAACCAUCUUCCCCAGUUUGCAAUUGACUUUCUGCAUCGCAUUUCAAAUAGUCAAGAUCAAUUAGCAACAUUGCAGUCAUCUUCUACUGCCAGUAUCUUUUCUCUGUCUGACUUUGUUAAAUAUUCCUUAAACUCUUGUCAUUCUGCUUUGGGUUGUGAGUCAUUGCCCCCUUCAGUGUUUCCAAUUAAACUUGACCAAAGGAUUACAAUGUGUAAAGAACAUUAUGAAUGUUUACUGGAGUUUUACAGACACGCGUAUGACAAUCACGAUCUUUUUGGCCAUUGUUCAAACUGCGGAUCUAACCAGAUUUUUGUCAAUAACCAAAUUGAGAAAAUAAAACAAAUAUCUCUUCUUGGACAGGAAUACUCUUCUGGAUCUUAUUCCCGCGCCUAUUAUCUUGAGAAUAACAGUGAAAAUAAAGCAGCAUUUCAUGGCUGUAUACUAUAUUUAUUUCAAUACUUAAUAAUUAUCAACGAAACCGUCAUCACUCAUACUUUUGCAUUUGUUAAGUGA